AUGGCCAAGGCCAUCAUCACGUCCAUCCUCGAGGCGCAACUAGGCAAAUACAUUGACGGUCUCCGCAGCGACUCGCUCGUUGUGGGGCUCUGGAGCGGAGAACUGGAGCUGCGUGACCUGACACUCAAGCCACACGCGUUGGCCGAGCUGCAGCUUCCUCUGACUGUAGCCAGUGGCAGCGUGGCGCGUGUCCUCGUGCGUGUACCGUGGAACCAAUUGGGAAGUGCUAGUGUGACCAUCACUCUCGAAGGAGUGGCGGCUCUGGUCUUACCCAAUACCGAGCGAGCGACAGCAGCAGAAGUGCUCCAGGCCAAGAAAAACCAGCUUGAGAGGCGAGAGCUGCUUCGACAACAUGGUCGCUUUGCCGCCCGCAUGGCUCCAGCUCGGCAGUCACCGCAUCAAAAAGCGGAAGAUGAGAGCACGUUUGCGUCGAGGCUGACGGCUCGUAUCGUGGACAACUUGCAGGUGACGCUGCUUGGUGUGCACGUGAGGUACGAAGAUGCGGUGGCUAAUCCUGACGCACCGUUUGCGUGUGGUCUCAUGCUCGAGCGGUUUCGCUACUUUACAACGGACGGAGAAGGACAAGAAGCGUUUGUGGAUCACACGUCCGUGCACAGCGCUUUUACUUAUAAAAAGGCAGAACUCACGCAAUUUGGAAUGUACUGGGACCGACUGGACACUACCGACGAUAGCUCGAGACUCGAGACUGACCAAAAUAUUCCAAAAGUGAUGCGAAAAAUGGUAGAUGCACUCAGAGAAGAGGGAGACGAGCACGCCGACAUGUCGAGGCGAUGGGUGCUGCGCCCCUGCUCAUUGAUGGUACAGCUUACGAAGAAUGAGAGUGCCAACUACUUGGCAGUUGCUAAGUACACGGUCGAAGCGGAAAUAGGUGCGCUACAGGGAAGUUUGACGCGCGAACAGUAUGAGGAUGUGCUGUUUUUGCAACGUGCAUUUUUAGGUCGGCGCGCUGUAGAAGCACACUUUGCACUGGCGAGGGGACGGCCAUUGCACACACCCGGAACGCGCCCUCGUGAGUGGUGGGACUACGCCACUCGCCUGGUGCUUGAGCAACGCAGGGCAAAGCUUCGAGAUCAGGUGAAGGGCGCUGAUACGCUCCUCUUGCAUCAACGACGACGGCUUCAUUGUCGUAAAAUGCGAUGGUCUUCUAUACAUAAAGCAGUGCUUGAGCAGCAAUUAUACAUGGAGUCUUUUCGUGCGGAAUUGCGCAAUGGGGCUUCUCUGGAUCCCUCAACUAGACAAGGUAAAUUCAAACAGCGGUAUGAAGAGAUAUACCCUGUCGACGUAGUUUUGCACUUGCGUGAUGUCGUCGAAGACGCCGAAGACCGUGCACGAAAAGAAGCAGAGGCGUUUGCAAAGGCACAACCGAAGUCCCAGGAUGCCCAGAACGGUGAUGGGUCGUGGUAUUCGUACUUUUUUGGUGGAGAUGCCGUUGCUGCUACUGGAAAGGACAACGAAGAGGAGGGGCAUGUGCUGUCUGCGGAAGGACGUGAGAAUUUGCGUGAGGCCUACGAUGAUGCUGUGAUAAAAGCUAGCAGUGCGCACGAAGUGCCGCUUGGGUGCAACCUUGUGUCUGUGCAGAUCCAGCUUGUAAAUGGCUCGAUGGCUCUAUAUCAGUCAAAUGCUCACAAGCGUCCGUUCGUCAUUGGCGUGUUUAAGGGGUCACUUGCUGUAAACGUCCAGCCAAAAGAUGAGUACGAUGUCAGGUUAUGCGUUCAGCACUUCGACAUUCUCAACGGGUUGGCGAGCAAUCCUCGGUUUCGCUCGUUCUGCAGUCCGUCAGCCUUGCCAUCACCCAUGGUCGAGCAGCGCACAGCUUGCGUCAGUAUUGAUAUAAGUCGGCGAGUAAUGGUGCGGGAAGCCCAUGCACGGAGUGAUGAUGACGUACACGCCACGCUGAAUGUACGUGUGAGCUCAGAGCCUAUUCGUGUGAUGAUUGAUCCGACAUUCGUGAUGUUUCUGCACGCAUUCUUCGUCAGCUUGCUGUCAGAGAAGCAGCUUGAAAAAGUCUGGCAGUUCGCGACAUCUUCCGUAGCAGACUGGAUGUUUUCUGAUGAUCCUACAGAUCAAACAGCGAUCUUGCAGUCAUCCAGUCGUAGUGCACAAAAGGAAGCCAAAGAAGCUGAGUUAAUGCGUUCACUGGAAAAGGCAGCAGGCCGUAUUGCGUACGACAUCCUGGUGAACAUGAAUGCACCUGUGCUUGUACUACCAGAGAAUAUAGCCGACACGACUGGCGCGGUUCUUGUCAUCGAUCUUGGUAUGCUGAGCUUUUGCAACAAAGAGAAGGUGACGCCGAUCAAAAAGUCUUCGGACGUUAUCCUUGGUACUACAGCUGACGACCCGCAUCGCUUGCAUUGGCGUCUAAAGUUGACAAAAAUCUAUGCAUUGCUCGGCCGCCAUGAGCAUUUGGUGGACUGGACGAACGAAGAGCUACAGGCUUUUACCAAAAUUGUGGAAGAUCUCUCUGUUGAGUGUUUGUUCCAAACACAAUCAUCAUCUUCACGCCUGAGACUUCCCUCGCGGGGGAAAGAGAAUGUUGUUGCAGUCAAGCCGCUGCCGCAAGUGGGUGUCCACGCUGCUAUUGAUACGAUAACUGUAUUGCUAACUGAAAAACAGCUCGUGGCACUGGGACGGAUUCAUUCAUCUAUUAUACAAGCAAGUACUGCGAUCACCAGGAACAAUAGACGUUUGUCAUAUUUUGUAGAGGAAGAGCUAGAGUAUGAUACAGCCGAGUCAGAUAGUAUCAGCGACGAACGCCCUGACAAGGUGACUGGUGCUGCCGUUACGGUAGGCGAGAAGUUCCUACUUGAGAUGCAACUUUCGCUUGGAUGCGUGGAAUUGAACCUACGCGAGUCAGCUGCCAAGGACGCAUUUGUUUUGCGAGCAUCGCGUAUUUCAUUUGCAGUCGAAGCGUACUCGGGUCACCACUUGUACCGUGCACGACUCAAGGCGCUUAUAAUGGAAGACAAGCUCUAUGAUUCCAAUUCGCGAUUCUACAGGUUGAUUUCUACGGGUGAAAACGUGAAUGAGGCCCCUCAUCUGAUCGCUAUUGAUGUUGCUGCAUUUUCUGCAGACUCCGCUGAAACGAAAGAGCAGAAUAGAAGAGGGGGUCCUGCGCAGCUGGAAGCUAAUGUGCAAGUGAAUGUGCUACAUUUACAGUGGAAUCCGUCGUCUGUGGCGCUAUUUUAUCGCAUUCUUUCCGGCUAUGCAUCUGCGUUUCAACCGCCUGUAGAUUUAACGCCUCCACGAGAAAGAUCGGCAUCAUCGUUUCACCGAGAAUGUCUUCUAGAGACGACAAGUCGAACCAGAUGCGGCGAGAAGAAGGAGAGAGUUGCCAUGCUUUCCAGUUUGCGGUCUCGAGGUCAGCCUGUCAUUGUGGUGCGAGCAUCGCUGGUUCAGUUCAGUUUGACUUUGAACAAAGACCAGCUCGACCGGCAACUGGCACGCUUAGAUCUGAGCAAUGCAGCCGUUAACUAUACCAGCUAUAUGGUAGACGGCCGAACAUCCUCUGACGAUUCGUUCGAGGUAACGGGUCACGUGGGAAAUUUUGUGGGCACAGACUUGAGUACAUCAAAGCACCCCUUGUACUCGACUUUACUUGGUCUGGAUGCCGGUGAAGUUUGUUGCUGCAGCAAAUUGGGAAAAGAAGUGGAAGCUUUGUUGACUUUCGAGUUUGCAAGUGACCCGUCCGCAAGUGAAAAGAGUGCUUUGCGAUUGGCAUUUCAACCUGUCCGUGGCGUUUACUACCACCAGCAAGUCUUAGAGCUUGUGGACUUUGUUUUUGAAGGGGUACUGGGCGCAAUGGUAAGUCGAACGCUGGUGAACGCAACGCAGCUGAUACUCCGCGAAGAUGAGGCCAGUGUUGUGCUUGAUUUGAGUGUUCUGAAACCCACGCUGGUGCUUCCUUUAAGCUUACAAGAUGCUCCCCAUGUUAAGGUGACCGCAGAUGUGUUACGACUAGUUCAUUUUCCGUCCAGCGUAGUGCACUACGAUGAAAGUUUGGAAGCAAGAAGUAAGCGGGUUGUGCAUGAUGAAGACUCGGUGCGUCCAGCGUCUGGUAGACCUGUUGAUGGAGCUGGAGGUAUCGCGUUGCGAGUGGACUGUAAAGACCUUUUUCUUGAGCGCGUUCGUAUCUUUUGUACGGCAACGAAUGCAGGCGGAAAAACGAAAAAUGCCGAUGGAAGGCCUGUAUACGAAGACAUUCUGCCUAAGCCUGCUGCCCUGAAGAUCAGCAUAGAGGACCUUGUGUCAUCUACAAUUUGCUUAGGCGAUAAAAAUUUGGCCAGCAGCGACGAAACGAAAGCAGUAUUUCUUCCGCGACUUACCGUGAGCUCGGUCUUACCUCCGUUGGAAGUGCACUUAUCCCGUACCAGCUACUUGGGUAUAGUCGCCCUCAUAUUGUCGAAUUUUGGUGCCGACGAACUACAAAACAAUUCUGACGCAACGGAAGAGAAUGAGCGAGCUGUCAGCGCUGUUCGAUUACUUGGUAGAAGACGCAGUAGUACAGGUGCCGGUGGAGUACCGUCAUUACGCCCCACUGUGACGUAUACGUAUCUCCAGCCAAACGCGGAUGAAACAACAUUUCAGGUGCAAUUUGCUAUGGAAGAUGUCCGAAUACUGUUGUUCUUGGAUGAGAAGGUGAAACCACUCGCAAACAGUGACAUUCCAGUCGAUACGAUUGUGCAGCACGCCCUUUCAGACGUCGCACAAACUCUUCGCAAAGGGGCCUUUGUUGAGGUCACCGCCAGUGAUUUUUCGCUACGUUUCGGAAACGAAAUUGAUAAGAAUCCGUGCUUGGCGCUGCGUCUGGGAGCUUUCAAUGCUCGAGAUCUGGUAGGAACGUGUAAAGACUCAGUUGGUGAUGCGAAAAGUGUGGCACUGCUUAUUUCACCCCAGCCUCUGGAAAUACGCUACACAUGGGACGACAUUGCGCUUUUGGGUGAACUGCACUUAAUUUGUUCCGAUGUUACGGGCACCAUUAUCCCGGAAGCUCUAUUUGCGCUUCUUGGGUUCUUCACGCUACCGUCAAAGCUGAGUCAGGCUACGAAUAUGGUAGGAAAAGACUUGACCGACCCGACCAACGAAAUGACGUCACAUGGGGCUUGUGCAAUACCGUCAUCUACAGCUCUGUCGACGCGGCGCGAAAGUAUAUCUGAUAUAUUACGCGAUGGAAAGGACCCGGAAAUGGCAAUCACUAUUCGUGCGACAGCGAAGCGAGUGGGUGUCGCGCUUCCGCACAAUGUGCAAGAUCCGGAGAGCCCACGUGUAGCUCUUGCAGGCGAUUUUACGCUCGAGUUUACGUGGAAACCACGCUCCGACUCAAACAAAGAGGCUGAUUGUGGAUUAAAUAUCCAAAGCAGAAUUCUUGCUGAUGUGCACAAUGUGGAAAUAGUGCUUGAGAACGCCAGACGGCCGGGAUGUUGCGUGGCGUCUCCAUCUUCCAAUGCGCAGUGGGAUGGUAUUGAUAUUGCACCGUUGAUUCAGUUGCUUGAACCAUGCUCAUUGCACAUGGAAGUGAGCGAUCUGUUUCCGCGUGCGGGCCAGCAACAACAGAUCGUGGCGUUGAGCUUUACCCCGAUUGAAGUAUUUGUGUCUUACGAAGACGCUUGUAUGGCAAUGGACACAAUGGAAUUUGUAAGCGAAGCGAUUUUACGACACGGAAAGAAUCGUAGUACCUUUAACUCCCGUCAAUUGUCGCGUACUGAAAGUUCCAGUUCCCGUCCACGGGCAAGGUCGCGUACGUCGUCAAGGACAAUUCUAGGAGACACUGCACAGGAGAAAGAAUUUCACCGAUACUUUACGUGUAAGCUGCCGUCCAUCAACCUGACUCUGAUAAAUGAUUGUGAUGGAUGCGACAUGGGGCUUGCGCAGUUGCAGAUCGAGCGUUGCCAAAUUUUCUUAAAUUUGACCGAUGUCUCGCAAGCGGAGGAGCAUGACGUCGCAUUUAGUUCCUUGCUGGAACAGGACUGGUCUGCAUUACCAGUAACGACAACAAUAACUGGCGGAGGGAGCUUGGUGGUGCUCAUGUCUUAUUAUAACCCGGAUACUCGCGACUGGCACCCCAUGUGCACGGAGUGGUCACUUGAUGCGUCAGUCCAGGGAUCCAUUUCAAGCGAAAGUGAGUUGCAUGUCACUCUUACGGCAUCUCAAUCCCUCGACCUCACUGUUACGCAGGGUUUGUUGGAGGUAAUGGCAUCUGUGGGUGGCGCGUGGAAGCGUCGUGCAGCUUCAUUUACAGCACAGAAACUUGCUGAAGGAAACGAAAAUGAAGCACAAGAAAGAAAGCAACGCAAACUGGCCCCUUGUGUAAUCUGCAACGAGACCGGGCUGCCGCUGAGUUUUUGGCUCACGAACGGGUCUUUUACGACAAAGCCUCAAGUUUUAUCUGCAACAAGCUCGGCUGAUGUUCGUUACAUUCAUGCUUCAGGUCGAGGGCGUGGUGUGGUUCGGCGUUAUGCAUCUGGUGAUCGGGACGCUGCCAAUUUACGUCUCAGUUUGCAGUUGAUGGACUCAAAAAGCACGGGCGGCAGCAGUGUGGCACGGUUUCAGUCCAUUCAAGGACUUAUUCUUGAGCAGCUAGGCGCCCGCACAUUCCAUCUGGUGGAUACCCAUGGGCAGAGAACAAGCUUUACACUAAGCUUGUCGGCCCAGCUCGUUGAGGGUCGUAUCUUGCUGAUCAUCUCGUCACCUAUCAAGUUGGUGAACCGGUUAACGUCAUGCCGUCCCGUUGCGUUACUCGUAAACGACCCGACAUGGCAAUCACCAGUCGAGAUCGGGAUCUUGAGGCCAAAUCAAGACUCAGCUAUCCCUGUGCUCCUUUCUCUUGCGUCGGAGCUGCGCCUGCGACCAGCAGAGGACGGGGCCUCAUACUCGUGGAGCGCCCCUAUUCCAUUGCAGACGCUUUCUGCGGUCGAGCUUAAAGUACAGGCAGCCGCUUCCUUUGCCUCCUCAGGCUCAGGUGUGAGCGUGGUCAAUAAGUGUAAUCGUCAGAACGCUGUGUACUGCGUUUCUAUAUUGAGCGACAAAGAGAUGCGUGCUCUGGUUGUCGCCGAACCGCUUAUUCUCAUCAAUAAGCUACCGGUGCGACUAACUUACCGCGUGCGGUCAGCCAUGAGCUCCGCUUAUGGACUGGGGGUAAGCGAUAGUCCAUCGGAGCCAGAAACGAUCGCUGUGGGAGGCAAGGCCAGUAUCUGGUGGACCGAUAUUUCGCAGCGACCUCUAUUUCAAUUACUCGUAGAAGGCUGCACACUACCGUCUAAGUGGCUAGAGCUAGCACCUCGUGGAACAGCGAGUGGGGCAGUAUUGUCCGUACAGCUUUUUCGCGUGGAUGAUGGGCGCCUUUUUCGACUUCUUCUGCGCGUGGUAGGAGAUACCGAUCACGCUUCUAGACCUAUACGUGUGGAGUUCCUGUCCGACAUCUGGGUCAUCAACCGCACGGGUUUGGAAUUGGUGUACGGCACAGCUUCAGACAGUGAAGCUUACAUACCACCCCGUGCAGCACGUGCUCAGGUGGGCAACGCCCAAAUCAGUGCGUACUCGAGCGAUAGUAGCGGAAAAGUGCCUGUGGUGCGUGUUGGCUUGCGUGGUUGCACCUGGUCGGCACGGUUUGAAGCCGACCCCAAACGACUCAGCUGGCAAGAUGAGUGCAUUACGCUCCGCUCCGCUAGUGGCAGCUUGUCUUCGGGUGACGUACUGUAUGAGCUGGGCGUGUCAGCAGACUACGCGACCCGACACUUUGGCUCGGUCACAACUCUUGUAAGUGUCAUCCCUCGCUAUCUGAUCUUCAAUCAAUCGUCACACACACUGUUACUGCGUGAGACUUCGAGCCGUCAACAUGAGCAAUUAGAAGAUUCUAGCAACGACAACGUUGCGCAUCAUGUACUUGGAGCAAAAGACAUGUAUGCACUCUACUGGGUGGGAGGCGCUCGAGCUUUGCUACGCGCGUCAGUGCUUUUGGAUCAUGACACUGACACGCUGUGUGGUGAAGGCUACGAUUGGAGUGCAACCUUUGCUGUCUAUCGUGUAGGCACAGUGGACUUGUUGGUGCCGCCACGUUCUAGUGGGCGCGGUGUCCGUUUGAGGGUGGCAGUGAAGAGGGGUAGCUUAUCUCAGGCUUCUUUCGUGGUUGUGGUGACUAACAUGGUCACCAGUUCUCCGACCUCUUCGUCAUCAAGACUGUCAAGUGCUGGUUUGGCAUUCUCGCCAUCCGCGAGGGAUACAGUAGCAAGUACUGGGACAGCUAAAUGGCAAACAUUUAGUCUUCACGCACACAUGGCCGGCAUUAUUGUCACAGUUACCGAUAAGAAACAAGCUGGGAUGGUGGAGGAGUCUCAGAGUUUGUUUGCAGGGGAAUCAGAAGGGGCAAGCGAGUUAGUAGCUCGUGCGACAUUUACAAGCGUUGGUGUGGAGGCGUCUUGGUCGUCGCAGGCCACUGCUGCCAAACUGACCCUCGCGGGACUAAAGGUAGAGGACCUGCUUCCACGAUCCAAAAACCGUGUAGUGCUGCGACCACUCUUACAAGGCGACAGUACUCUCGGUCCUGUAAAAGGAAGAAGGGACAAACAUUUUCUUGAGCUGACGUAUCUCGAGAGACCACACGCGAAAUACACGUGGGUGGAGCGAGUCCGAGUGGAACUGCAAAACAUGAAGGUAUCGACAUCCACGCGCUUUGUUGACCGUCUCAACAAGUUGCAGCAGAAAACAGUUGCGCAUUUUCAGCAUAAGUCGUUGGUUUCUGCUUUCCCAGAUGAACAUAUCAGUAAUGGGGACGACGACGACGAAUGCGACUUGCUCGCCUAUUUUACGCAUCAGGAAACAGGCGAAGAGUGUACAAGUGUGGUCGACAUGGCAUCGAUGACAGGUCGGAAGUUGUACAUCGCAUCGGGCGAAAUCUCGCCCGUGCGUGUACUCGUAAGUUUUGCGCGCAACAAAAGUGAUUCGAGCCGUCGUGGCAACAAUGGAUUUUGGCUCUCCAACCUUAAAAUCAAGAUCGAAAACGCGUGCGUGACGUUAGAGGGCUAUCGGUUAUCUCACGCACUGGCCACGCCGGAGUCGCUGAGCUCGUCGAUAAUGCGUUUUUACGAGCAAUCUGUGAAGUCACAGGCGCUCAAUCUGAUAGACUCGAUCGAGGUGACGUCCCUUGUCACGAGCAUGGUGACCGGCGGUGUUACAUCACUCGUCUCGACGUUGCGUGGUAGAGCUGACCCGGCUGCAGCUGCUGGCGCCGUGGCUCCCGGAUUGCUUACAUCGGACUCUUUGAAUGCCAAUAGUAGUAGUUCGCUGGCCGUCCCUUUUCGUUUUGAGAACUUGUCGAAUGAUGAAAUCGUGCGAAAGCAUUCUCGAGCACUGGACAAGUGCCGCUGUAACACGGAUUUUUUGCGUCAAGUACGACACCUAGUGUAUGACUGGGAUGCCAACCACACAGGUCUGGAGGCACGCGGGUGCGUUGCUCUUGCCCUGAUCAAUAACUCGCGACAUUCGUUGGUGAUGAACACGAAGCUAAACGACGGAGCAUCACUGCGAGCUCUUCCAAUAGGGCGGCAGCACCUCGCAAGCAUUUUGGAUGCUUCGAGCGAAGUUGGAACCGCAUCAGCUGCGGGAGGCAGUGCGACAUCAUGGCGAUCCGACCGUGCUCUAGUGGUAUUUGCUUACGGCUACACGCCGACAUUGCUGACGUCAGGUGACGUUUACUUCACAGUGCAAUCAAACGCCUGUAACAUCUACGCAACACGCAAGACUGCACGGCUAAAGGCCAAUCGGGGCUACACGGCAACGUUCACGCUACAAGAAGCUCAAACCUGGUGGUCAGUGAAUGUGGUCAUAAUCAGUGACGACUUGCAGGACAACGAUAACUCCGUGACUGCAACUACUUCGGACACGCUGUUUGGGGAGGCGCCGGCUGCAAGUGAGCUGGAGGCAGCAUCCACGGGUGGCGACGACGAGUUCGAGGUGGAGUUCUCUGGCACCUCGCUGGGUCUUGUCGCCGAGCAGACCGGACGAUCGGUUGUUGUGCGCGAGUGCGUCCCCUCAAGUGCGGCUGCAAUUUCGGGGCGUAUCGCUGUCGGUGACUACGUGGUCGCCGUGAACGGUAUGAGUGUUGCCAAUACCGCACAAUUCAAAUCGCUUGUCAGUAAGACGCCGCGGCCGAUCGUACUGCGCUUCCGACGCAAGUGUAAUGCAGCCUACGAUCUCUUUGGCGAGCGUGCGCGGGAGGAUGGAGGAAAUGAUCUCUUUGGUUAG